AAUAUAGGCAUAAUUAUAUCGAAAGUAAAACUAUACAGUUACAUAAAUUACCACAUUUUAACUUCCGCCCAGAAAUAUGAAAACACAACAAAAUAUCUGGAAUUAUUAAAAUAAAAAAAUGGCAGCCAAUCAAUCCUUGAUAGUAGCCGCCAUAGACUUUGGUACAACAUAUUCCGGCUGGGCGUUCUCAUUCAAGCAUGAGUACGAAAGUGACCCGACUAAAAUUUUCACCAAUAUUUGGACCGCAUCGCAACUGUCGUCUUACAAAGCUCCAACAAGUAUUCUCAUCCAACCUGACGGACACACAGUUGAGGCGUUUGGAUUCGAAGCAGAGAAUCGGUACAGCGAAAUUUGUGCGGAGGGCAAUCAGAAAGCUUGGUAUUAUUUCCGACGAUUCAAAAUGCUCCUUUGGGGCACGGGUGAAAUUUCUUCUGAUAUUACAAAGGAAACGAAAAUCAAAGAUGUAUCGGGCAAGGAAUUGCAGGCGUUAUUGGUGUUUUCUCUUUCGAUCAAAUAUUUACAGGUUUAUGAAAGACAAGAUGAUGCAAACAUCGAACAAACAGUUAGGGGCUAACAAAUUAGAGGAGAAGGAUUUUCACUGGGUCCUGACAGUGCCUGCCAUCUGGAAUGACAAGGCGAAACAUUUCAUGAGACUGGCAGCUGAGGCGUGUGGUAUUCCUGGUGAACGGCUAAGCAUCGCUUUAGAACCAGAAGCAGCCUCGCUGUAUUGCAAACAUUUAAAAGUCGAUAAACAAACACUCAAAGAAAACACGCUGGCCGCGUUUCAUGAAGGAAAGACGUAUAUGGUACUCGACGCAGGAGGCGGAACGGUCGACAUCACAAUACAUGAGGUGUGUCACGGUGGCGGUCUAAAAGAAGUGGACAAGGCAAGUGGUGGGGCAUGGGGAGGUAUUACGGUUGAUGAAGCCUUUAUAAAGUUCAUGGAGGAAGUAGCAGGUGAAGCAGUUAUCCAGCGUUUUAAAGAAGACCAUAUGGAAGAUUAUUUAGAAUUGCUGAGGGAUUUUGAGUCAAAGAAAAGGAAUGUGGAUGCAGAUACUGACAACCUUGUUACACUGAGAGUACCAAUGCAGUUGUGCGAAUUGGCCGCGGAAAUGAAGUCAAUUACACUCAGGAACUUGAUAAGCACUUCAAGUUAUUCACAACAGGUAGAACUUAAGGGCGACAAAUUGCGAAUCAAGUCUGCCAUUUUCCGGUCAUUCUUUGAUCGAUCAAUCCAGAGCAUUGUCCAGCAUGUUGAAGAGCUUCUAAAAAAGCCAGAAAACAGCGCAGUGGAGGCCAUUCUUAUGGUUGGUGGCUACUCAGAGUCCCCACUUCUUCAAGAAACCGUCAGAAAAAGGUUUUCCAAACUAACAAUGAUAACGCCUGGCGAUGCAGGCUUGGCUGUACUGAAAGGAGCAGUCAUCUUUGGCCAUGAACCAAUUGUAAUUAGGGAAAGGGUGGCCAAGUAUACAUAUGGAAUUGAGUCUGGAAUAAAUGUUUUUGGACUUUUCCGUAUCCCUGGUAUAUUUUCAAUAUUAGUCUCGAAAGGACAAAAAUUGGUUGUAGGAGAACCGCAAAAAGAAGAAACGUAUGUCCCUUCUCGCGAAGAUCAAACUGAGGCUUUGGUGAAGAUAUAUGUCACACGUGCUGAAAACCCGCGAAGUGUUAAUGAACCCGGCUGUUAAAUGAUUGGCAGUUUCACAGUACCUCUUUCAGGAUCUGGUCUUGACAGGCAAAUGACAGCAAGAAUGAUAUUUGGUGGAACAGAAAUGGAAGUUGUUUGCGUCGAAAAAAACACGGGAAAAGAAACGCGGAUGCGAGUAAAUUUUUUGCAGUAAUUAACGUUAGAUUAAAUGCCUAUCAUAAAAAUGUAUAAAUUAUAAAUACAUACACAUAUCAAGAAAAACCUGGAGUGAAAAAACAUAGUGACGACGUUUUACUCUGUUUAAACUCAGAUAGCAUAAGGUUUGUUUUGGAAACAUAAAUAUGUUCAAUUUUUCGAUUUUGUGGUGACCAUUUACGCUGUUAUAGUUUUUCUGCAUAGUUACACCCUGUGAUACUUCUCCGUUUAUUCUAUGCAUAUUGGAUGCUUUGUUUUUUUGCUUAUUUAAUCUUUAAAAAAAUUCUACAUCUUGAUACAACUCUUGCUUCUUGCCGAAAUUCAUCACAGUUGUACAACACAUUCAAAAAUAUGUUCAAGUUUAAAAUAAAGUGAGUUCAAUGACAAUAAUAUUGGACAAUUAUUAACGUAUAACAAUAAUAUAAUUAUAUUAUAUUAACUACAUAUAACGGUAUUUUGGGAUUUCAAAACAGAGAAAACAUAAUAAACAAAUGUUUAUCCAAUGCUUAAAAUGGUGUUACCUUCCACCAUAUUUGGUAAGCAUAUAACUGCUUCUCUAAAUUUUGUAAAAGUAAUGUAAUUCGGUAUUUUCAAAACAAUGUCCUCAUAAUAAAGAUAUUUUUGAAAUUGUAUAUUCAGUUUUAAAAUAAAAUACUUCUGUAUAAAAUUGAAGACAUUUUGCUCAAUAUAUUGUAUUGUUUAUGGAAGAGCACUCAUAAGAGAAAUGAUCCUAUGUGUAAGAUGUUUUAACUUCUCACCACACAUGCAUAGCAUUUAACCUCUUCUAAAAUAGUAUGAACAGUAACUCAUUUCAGUAUUCGGAAAAUAUUGUAUUCGUAAUUAAUAAAAUGUAUUAUGGGGCUUAUAAUAAACCAUAAAUAUAAAACUUGUAUAUAAACUCCAAGUGUACAUUAGCUCAAUAUAAGUAACAGAACUUACGUCAUUCUGCGCAUUCAAAAUAUUUCAUCUUGAAAUUAUGGUAAUUCCCUCGUUUAUUAUUUAUUGUUAAAAAAAUACCUCUAAAUUUGUGAAUUGGCUUUGUUUUUCAUAUUUUAUUAUAAUAUAUACCUAUGAGACAAUGGGAAUACUGAAAAAUGUUCAUAAUUUUAAUAACACAGUUAUUUGCUUCUCCCGAAAAUUGUCAAAAUGUCAUUUACACUACUUUUAACAUCCAGACGAAGACAGGUGUUCGCUCAUGUCAAUUAGGAAAAUUUUGUAAAAACAUUAUUUUUACCAACACAGUUGUCCUAAUAUUUGUGUAUAUAUAUAUAUAUAUAUAAAUAUGUACAAAAAUGUCAGUUAUGUGACUUACCGUAUAACAUUUGGUAGACAACUGAUAUCAUUUUUGGUUAUCAUACAAUUUUCAUCUUGUAACAGUGUAUGAUGUGAAGUUGGAAUAAGGCAGCAAUCUUGGAACGGCUUUGUUCAGUGAAAUAAUCUGGUGUACUACACAAAAUGACACAAAUGCAUGGCAUGGAUACGUUUUUUAAUUGGAUGAUGUACUGUGACCAUGCAUGACAUGGACACAGUUUUCAAUUGGAUGAGGAACUAUGUCCCUGCGUGGCAUGGACACGGGGUUUGAAUUGGAUAAAGAACUGCUUUUUCAACUGGAUGAUGUACUGUGUCUAUGUAUGGCAUGGACACAUUUUUCAAUUAGAUGUUUUUUAGUCCUGGUAUGAGGUGUUAAUACGUCAAAUAGUUGUUAACAUAUGUUCUGUAGUAUCCUAACAUGCUUCGUAAGGUAUGUAUAUAGUUGAUUGUCAUUACAUUGCUAGCGUAGCUUUUAACAUGGCUAUCAUAGAGCAGUUUGCGACAAUGACAAACAAUUUACAUGAUCCUUGUUUGCUCCUGUGUUUGGACCAAGGGGUUCAUUUUAGAUGCCAAUCAUUCAAGUCGUACAGAAUUCUAAUGUUUGUUAUAAACUAUUGUCUUACUGCGUUUUACAUUAAAUUUGGAAGAUAAAUACAAUGUAUAAGUGAAGGGAAAUAGUCCUUAUACAUUUUAUAUAUUGUAAGCUUUGCAAUUGAAAUGUAUACUAGUCUAACUAAAUUAAGUGCUACAUUUUUUUUCAAAAAAUUCAUUUUUCACCUUUGUUCACUCUUUCAAACAAUUUGUAUACAGUGUGUGUGAUUUUGUCAUGGCUGUCUCAAAAUUGAAUUAUAUCCAAUUGCAGGUGACGUUGUUUGUAUACAUGUAUAUAAAAAGGUAAAAUAUUCAGUAUUUGAACACAUUAUAAUGUUUUAAGUCAAACCAUUGAGAAUUUUUAAUUUCAGGCUUCAAUGUGGUUCUAAAAAUGCUUAGUGAAAAUGUAAAAAUUAUUAUAGGCAAAUAUUGAUGCAGCUGCCGACGGAAUAGACACAUGCAAACAAUUGUCACAAAGACAUUAGUUCAUUCAGUUUACAUUCCCUACUCUCCACACUUUAAUAGCCCGACCAUUUUUGAAUGUUUGUUAGUUAAUAUGCUAAAGGUCAUUAAUGAAAAACUUGACAAACAAAUUUACAUAAAAUAAUCAAAAUAUAUAUUUAUAUAGAUAAACAUAUGUAUAAUAAUACAAGUUAUAUUUUCUCUUUCUAUUUAAUGAAUACACAUAUGUUGUGAACACCAGUGAAAUAUAAUUCCAUUUUGAUUACAUGAAUCCCCCAACAAUUCUGUUUGGUUAUUAUUUAAAAAAAAAAAAAGUCAUUUUUCCCAAAACACACAUUUUUGAGAGUAUUUUCUUUCACAUACUCUCACGCUAAUAUCUGUAUGAACGAUAAAUAUCAAAGAUAAAAUGUUGAAUCUGUAGGACAAUUAAUAUUUUAGCUACUUAAAACAUGUACAUAGAAUUUUUGAUUAUAUAUUUCACUAUAUUCACUGCAAAUCUGUGUUUAAACAUAUUAUAUAUUUAAUAUUGAAAGUUCCAUUUGUUUUGCUGCAGAACAUGGGAUUCUUGUAUGUUUUUGUGUACAGAAAUUGUUGGCAGUUUUCUUUUCUUCUUGUUUUUUUUUGUUUACAUUCAUGUCAACAAGAUGUAUCUUCUUUCAUUAGACAUUAAAGGGUUUUGUAUAA